UUCGAUAAGCCGGAUUGAAGGUACUUGUGGCCAGGUUACUUUUCACCCCAGGGCGGAGGUUCUCGAAUUGAAGUUUCAUUAUUUGAACGGAAUGGCGGACGAAGAUCUCCCUCCCGGUUGGGAAAAACGGUUAAGCAGAUCUACUGGUCAGAGCUAUUAUCUCAACGUUUACACUAAAGAGAGCCAGUGGGAUAGGCCGGACAAACCUGCUGAAAGUGGGAUAAGUGGGCCGACUCAAGUGCAAUGCAGUCAUCUUUUAGUCAAACACAAAGAUUCAAGGAGACCAAGCUCCUGGAGGGAGGAAGUCAUAACAAGAACCAAAGAAGAAGCUUUUGAACUUGUAAAGGGUUAUAGAGAACAGAUUGCAUCAGGAAAGGCUUCCUUUGCAGAACUCGCCAGCAAAUAUUCUGAUUGUAGUUCAGCCAAAAAAGGUGGAGAUCUCGGACCGUUUGGCCACGGAGCCAUGCAAAAAGCUUUUGAGCAAGCAGCAUUUGCCCUUAAAGUAGGAGAACUAAGUGAACCCAUUUCAACAGACUCUGGUAUCCAUAUUAUCAUACGCACAGCAUAAUUCAUAACAAAAAGUUUCCAUUAAUUUUCAUUUAAAUUAUGGAACUAAUUAACCAUCAACAAUUUUCAUUGAUUUGUUGUUAAUUAAAAUUCCAUGGUAUUUUAAUGUUCAAUUUUUUAUUUUAUAAGCCUGUAAAAAUAUUUAAAACCUCAUUUGGUAUUUUGUAACUUGUACAAUUAUUUUUCAAUGUUCUUUAAAAAGUUUGUUAAAAUGAGAAUACAUACUUACCUAGAUUUCAAGAUUAUAUUCUGAUGUUAUUUUAUAAA